UAUGAGAAGGCAGAGAAAACAGAGUUUUAAGUAAGAGAAGGCCAAAAACAACCUCCCCCUUACAAAAGUUCCUUAGUGCUCACGUUUCUAUCUCUCCCCCAAAAACCAGUAUUUAUGGCCUUGUUCUCUUCCUCUCUCUGCUUUUUUUCAAUCUUUCAGGUCAUUUCCAUGGAUUCUUUUCUUCACUUUUCUCAUUUCUUUCCCACUUUCCCUUAAACUUUUCUGCAAGACCAAUAUAGUCAGUACCUUCUUUUAAUUUCAUUAGUCUUGAUAUAGUAGUCUUUCUCGUUGUUUUUGCAACUGUUUGAAAAAAAACCAUUAGUCUGAAUUUUACAAAGGGGUGUGUAAGGGUUUAGGUUUUGAUAAUGGAGAAUUUUUCUGGAGUUAUUAAGGAAGAUGAUCAGCAGCAGAUGGAGCUUCCUCCUGGAUUUCGCUUUCAUCCAACUGAUGAAGAGUUGAUUACUCAUUAUUUGUCUAAGAAAGUUGUGGAUACUGAUUUCUCUGCUAUUGCUAUUGGAGACGUUGACAUGAACAAAGUUGAACCUUGGGAGCUGCCAUGGAAGGCAAAAAUUGGGGAAAAAGAAUGGUACUUUUUUUGUGUGAGAGACAAGAAGUACCCAACUGGCCUAAGGACAAACAGAGCAACUGCUGCUGGUUAUUGGAAAGCCACAGGUAAGGACAAGGAGAUUUUUAGAGGAAAGUCUCUUGUUGGUAUGAAGAAAACUCUGGUUUUUUACAAAGGGAGAGCUCCAAAAGGUGAGAAGACAAAUUGGGUAACUCAUGAGUACAGAUUAGAAGGAAGAUUAUCACUUCACAACCUUCCCAAGACAGCAAAGAAUGACUGGGUCAUAUGCAGAGUAUUUCAAAAGACAACUGGUGGGAAGAAAAUUCACAUAUCAGGGCUUAUGCAAUCAAACUCUACUGGAAAUGAAAUGGGAAAUUCCCUUUUGCCACCAUUGACAGCUUCAUCACCCAGUCACGUGCACUGCUUCUCCAAUUUUCUUACUGCUCAAAAGAGUGAAGAAAACAUGAUCAAUUAUUUCGACACUUCUCCUAAUUUCUCUGCUCUCUCAAAUCCUAUGGACAUUUUCCCCAGAAAUUCUCUUCCAAAUACAUUUUCCUGGAACCAAACAGUCCCUUUUCCUCAGCCAGGUUCAUUUCCUGUACAAGAUCCUGUAAGUCUUAGGAAUUUGCUUGAGAAUUAUGGGCAAAACAUGCAGCAGAGUUUGAAAAAGGAGAAAGAGAUGGUCAGUAUAUCACAAGAAACAGGUCUAAGCACUGAUAUGAACACUGAAAUUACAUCAUCUGUCGUUCAACAGGAUCUUGAUUGCCUCUGGAGUUACUGAAAUUCUUGACACAAAAGGGCAAAACAAACAAAGGAAGAGCAGAAAGAUGAGUAGAGCUUCAGUAGUACUAGUAGCUAUUAUGGUGUGGAAUUAAUUGUUAUGUGUAUAGAUUUUCUAAUCCCCUAAGUUGCAUUCAACAUAGUAAACCUUAUUAUGUCACAAAAAAUAUACUUAUCAUGUAGAAGUAUGUUAAAUUUUACUAUUUUAUUUUUCCUUUUUUCCCACUUCCAGUUGUCUCACUGCUGCUAUUUGUUAUUGUGAUAUUGAAUUUGUAAAAAAAUUAGUAUAGUACUGAACACUGUUAGCAUGUGACUGUAUGAGAUCAAGUUGGUGGCUUACUGAUCUUU